AGCCCGGCCCAGCCCGGCCCCUCCGGCGGCGGGCGGGAAGGGGCCCCGGGCAGGCGCACACACCGCCCGGCCGCCGGCGGAGCCGCCCUCCCUGCGCUCCCCGGGCUCGCCCACGCCCAGCGCGGCAGCGGCGCUGCCCCGCCCGAGGCUCAGGCCGCAGGGGCCGGUGCCCGCCGGGGCAGGAGGAGGCGGAGGUGCCGGACCAUGCUGGCGGGGCUGGGCCGGGCGCUGCGCGGCGGCAGGCGGCAGCUCCCGGCGCUGCUGGGCAGGCGGGAUGGCUGCCCGCCGCCCUCGGCGCCUCAGCCUGCUCAGUGCUUCCAAUCUGAAAAGUUCUGUGGGAGAAAAGGAAGACUUGGCUGUAACUUUGAUAAACAUGUGGGGCUCUGGAGGCACACCGGAGGUUGGAGGGGCCGGGAAGGAGCGCCUUACAGCACGCUGGUGCCAUCUGAUGAAGUAACUAUUAAUUACAGACAUGGUCUUCCUGUGAUAACUCUUAUGCUGCCCACAAGAAGUGAACGCUGUCAGUUCACUGUCAAGCCAGUAGUGACCACUGUAGGAGCAUUCCUGCAGGAUGUGCAAAGAGAAGAUAAAGGAAUUGAGAGAGCUGAAGUCUUUGCAACAGAUGGUACCAAGGUCUCUGAUGCAACCUUAAUGGAGGUCUUACUGAUGAAUGACUUUAAGCUUGUUAUCAACAACACAGCAUACAGUGUGUCACCUCCUGUGAAAGAUAAGCUGAGUAGUGAGCAUGCUACUGAAAUGGAAGAUAUCAAAUCCUUGGUUCACAGACUGUUUGUGGCUCUACAUUUAGAAGAUCACCAGAUCAGGAAAGAGAGAGAAUUGCUACAGAAAUUGGACCAUCUGAAAGGAGAGCUACUUCCUCUUGAACAGAUGAAAGCCAGAAUCAUGGACAGUGCAGAUGCAAAAACCUCCAGGCUUUUAUGGGUUGGCCUAGCCCUGAUGUCCACUCAGGGGGGAGCGCUGGCAUGGCUCACGUGGUGGGUCUACUCGUGGGACAUCAUGGAGCCAGUCACGUACUUCAUCACCUAUGGGAGCGCCAUGGCUUUCUACGCCUACUUCGUUCUUACCAAGCAGGACUACAUUUAUCCUCAAGCUAAGGACAGGCAGUUCCUCCACUACUUCUACCGCAAAUCCAAAAAGCAGCGUUUCAAUGUGGAACGAUACAACAAGCUCAAAGACGACCUAGCAGAGGCAGAAGAAUCCCUAAGGCGUCUGCGCCAACCUCUGCACCUGAGGCUUCCCAUCCAGGAAAUCAACGACAAGGACUGACUUUGGUUUUGUGUAUAUUGGGGAUGCCCUUUCAAAACUGAUACGAACAUUUAGUUACUCCAUAGCACCUGGGUAUUUUUGACCACUGAAGUUUUAAAAGUUGCAAUAAAUAGCUUUAAAAAUUA